AAGGGAUGUCAUGAGCAGGGUUUUGUGCGUCGUUCCUGUGUGCGGCAGUUUUGCGAGCAGACAGCCCUCAUCAUGGCGGGUCUUCACACGGCCGUAUCAGCUGCUUCUCUUUUGGCCCUCGCCACCUGGUGUUGCCACAGCAGAGCUGAUGUGGGCGACUUCACUCCCUGCGCUUACUUCCUUUACCAUGGCUCGCCCCCCAAAGGGCUACUGGGAGUUCCCAUCUGCCAGCGUUACCUGAACCAGUACCGCUUUGCUUCUCUGUACAGCCGGAGAAACCGUGCGCCCUGGUACUCUGCCUAUGUGUUCACACGGCCGGCGGGGAAGAGACCUAAAGAUGACUGGAAGUAUGAGCCACAGCUGGCUUAUGCCAAAGCAGAUGGAAACAUGGUCUCCUUCCCACAUGGCAAGGUGGAUCAGAAUAUUGUGGAGAGCCAAGCAGUACAGCUGGACUACUUCAACUCUAGCUAUACCCAUGGCCACCUAAACCCCAGCCUGCACCACCAGGACCCCGAGGACAGGAACUCCACCUUCACCCUCACCAAUGUGGUUCCACAGAAGUUUGGCUCAAAUAGUGGUCCCUGGGCAAGGAUGGAGAUGACCGUGAACAAACUCCUGACCAAAUACUGCAAGGACAAAGCCUACAUUGUGACAGGGACCAUGCCCUACCAGACUGAGCACUGGUUAAAGGAGAACCGUGUAGCUAUACCAGAGUACCUGUGGUCAGCCUACUGUUGCCCAAACUACACAAAACUUCCUGAAAACCUCACAAAUGUCUUUCCAACCUUUGCUGCCAUUGGCCGCAAUGACUCAAAUAGCACAGAGGAGAUAGUUCCCAUUGACUGGGGGGAAAAGAAAGAGUUCUGGGGGUAUGAUGUACGAAUUAUGCCCUUGGACACUCUGGAGAUGUACCUACGGGACAGAUUUGGGACUUUUGUCAGUGUGUUCUAUAAUCAGUGUUCAGAACCAUGAUGCGUAUGUUAGUUUCUGGUCAGAGAACUAUUUUGUAUCCCCUAUCUAUGUUUUUCUUAUAGAUUCUGCUUCAGAAAUUCAAACUUAAGAUAAUUUUAAACAAAGUUAAUUAAUACCUGGGUAAAGAGACACAAAUGGAAACUGAAACCCAGUAUUGCCUUUCCAAAUAUCCAAAUUCCAUUGUACUCAAUCCACGGGGGCAGGCAGGAUAGUCAAUCAGCCUUUAUUUAUAGAGCACAUUUUAUGCAAAUUUGCAACACAAUGUCCUAGUGAAAGCAGUAAAUUAAUUGACCAGUAAGUGAACAAGAGUCUUAUGACUUUUGCAGAUAUGUUAAGUGAUAUUUUAGAUACUGUAAUGUGAAGUGUAUUAAAACAUUAGAUAAACUAAGUUUUAAUAACACUAACAUGAAACCUUUGCCAUCUAUAUUGCUGGUAAUAUUCUUAGGGGGAAUCCACAAAAGGACUACAGUGGUUCUGCAUCUGUUGACCUGUCAAAAGUACCAAAAACAAUUAUGUAUGAUUCACAAUGUGUACAGUAGAUGGAAAAAUCCAUGCAAAUACACCACCAGGAAAAUAGCGAUGCAUAUAGUCAUGCAUACUGAAAUUGUCAUGCACAUAAAUUUCAACACCAAAUUAAUUUAUGCAAAAUGGGAUUCAAUACAAUACAGUGUGUGACCAGUUCACAAAAUUGACCACAUAUUAGCACUUGCAAUAAGCAUGGAUUUUCAGACUCCCUGUAACAUUUGUGGUCCAUUUAAAAGCCAUGUAAAGUGUAAAUGUAUUUGAAAUAUGAGUGAGAGAGAACAGUGCUCCACACCUAUAUAAACAAGAGAUCAGUGUGUUUUAAAAUGCCAAACAGCUGAAUGUAUUUCAACAGAAGAGCAAUCCCAUUGGCUUACAAUAGGUGCACGUGCAGCACAUUUCAACAAGGGAGCUACUUUUGUACAGUGAAAUGAACAUGAAUGACCAUAUGUGAAAGACCAUAUAAACUGUAAAGAAAUUCACGUUAACACUUCCUUAUAUGUGGAAGGUACUGUAGUCUCUAUUAGCAAAAUGGAAUAGCAAACAAGUCUGGGAUAACAUAAACAAGGUUUUGAAAUAGGACACAAAAAUAAGCAGGGAUUGGAAAUUACAGGAUAAAGAAAAACUAACAGAAGAAAAACAACAAAUUGCCCCUAUUUUUAAUAAUUAUUUUGUAGAUUCAGUUCUGGAUCUGGCAAAGUAUUUGGUUCACGAUCUAGACUAGUUGCACUAAUUAACAAUGAUUUUCCUGUUUUAAUAUUAUAAAAGUAUUUGUGCACAAUGUAAUGAAUAUUCUGGGCCAUAUGAAAAGUUCUAAGAUGUCUUUGAGUGUUUUCUUUAAAUACACCCAAAUUGGGGACACAACCUCUUCUUUUAUUGAUUGCUCUAUAGGUGUUCUGCAGGGAUCAAUUAUAGGUCCUAUUUCAUUUAGUCUUUAUUUUAUUUAUCUCCUUUCAGUGUGCUUAGUUGUCACUAUUAAACUGUAUACUGAUGAUACAGUGAUUUAUAUACAUUCAAACUUGUCUUUAAAAAAAAACAAAUAAAAAUAGUGAUGUGAUAUUCAAUUUAAAUAAUUUUAAACAUCCUCUGUCCUUAACAUCUGCAAGUUUGUACAUUGUAUGAUGAUUUGUUGACUUUUGGCAACUUCUUAUUCUUUUCCGAUGUGUAUCUGAUGUACGAAAUUAUUAAUGAUCUUGCACCAUCACCUUUAAAAUAAUGUUAGAGUGCUGAGUUAGAGAGAAGGAGACUAGAGCUGCAUUCAGAGACAAUCUUUGGCUAAUCUGCCUCCUCUAUUAAAGCAACCACCAGUGUCAUAGUCUUCCAGUCUUCCAGUUUCAACAUUUUUUAUGACAAGUUUGAAGGUCUGGCUUAAGUUUGCACAAUAAUGUCUUCACCAGUAGUUACCUUUGUUAUGACUUUAUUAUUAAUUCUUAAUUUUACUUCCUCUAAAUAUUUGUGCAACUGUUAUUUAUUGCAUUGCAUUGUAUUGUAUUAUUGUUUUGUAUUGUAUUUUACUCUAUUUCCUCCCAGUGACUGCAGGUGUGAAUUAGCUUGAAGCUGGUAUAAUGUAUUUUAAUUGUACAUGGUCCCUGCUAAAUAGACAUCAAACUAAACGUAAACCGAAUAACUGUUAACACAUUUCAUGUUCAAAGAUCCAUCUCAGCUCUCAUCUACAUACUUCAUCCUUCAUAAUGAAUAUUGUUCUUUUUCAUCUAGAAUUUCAGACGGGUGUGGACAAUGGAUAUUUAAGGUGUGAGACCGAGGAUAAUUUUAAGGUGACAGCAUUUUUUUCCCAUAAUGGCUGUAUAAUGAACUCCAGUUGUUGUAUGUGGGCACAAUCCAGUAAAUGAAUCAUAUUACAUACUAGCUGAAAAACGAAUGUGCAAUUAUAUUUGCUUUAAGUCGCCUGAUUGGUUCAGUUAGGAAAGAUACUCACUGUAUAUGCAUUCUGGGCCAAGCCGUAAUUGGUUGUAUUCCCAGCUAUGUCGUUACUUGAGUAUGAGCUCCCCACCAGGAUAGGGUAGGCUCAGGGCCGUGCACAGAUAUUUUGGGGGGCAGGGGCUCAAUUGAAAAAAAAAGGGCAACCUCCACCUCCCAUGCACCAUCCUCACUAUUUUCAUCCUGAUAUUGCCACACAACACCACGUUCAUAAUCACACACUAUGUUCAUAAUAUGGGCCCUGUUUAGGUCUUCUGAAACAUAUUUCCUUAAAGUAAUACGUCAUUCAUUUUUGGACCCAAUAAACUUAUCCAGACAUGUUCAUGCUCUACAGAUAAUAUCCCCCACAACACUACAACAGCAUCUCACACAGACAUCACAUACAGUUUAGUCUUCAAUGUUUUUUACUUUUAUUCCAGGAAUACAGAUAACUAAACACAAAACACUGUCACAAAGCACAUGCAAUAUUAUAAACACAUGUCCUUAAUCUCUCUUUUCUUGGCAUUGCACUGCAACCAGCAGAUGAGCAAAAUUAAUUACUUGCAUGUUCACCAUUAACCGGACCAAAACAGCGGCAUAGUAUAAAAUUUACUGACAUGCAUAGUGACCUGGAAGCAGUUUUACCUAUUUGGUUCACUAUGAAUACAACUUAUAUUAAAAAGUAGACCAAUG